AUGGGCGUCAUAUACAAGAUACUAAAGCAGCAACGCCACCUCAGCAUGGAGCUGAACACGGCGACCAAGUGCAAGGUGCAGGCGGCCAUUAAACAGCGCCAGCUGCACCGCCUGGAGCAGCGCACACAGCAGGAGCACGAUGAAUCGCUGGCCGAGCAGCAGCUGCAGCAGCUCUGCCGAUUUCUCGCCGAGAAUGCGGCACGUAAAAAACGUCAACGCCUUAAGCUCCAACAGGAUCCAAGCAAUCAUGAAUCCGCAACACAUUCACUGGCUGGCACUCACGACAUGGAUCUGCUUAUGGAGCAGCUGAGCACAUAUAGCGAUGCCACGCCCUCGCCCUCACCCACGCCCUCGCCCGCGUCCACAAGCAACAGAGCAGUCACGUCGGCUGCACCACGCGUUAGCAUCUUGCUGAAGAUCCGCCAUCAAAUCUUCGAGCGCAAGCGUCAACGGCAGCGCCAGCUGGCGGAGCUGGUGAAGCAGCGCAUGGUGGUCUGGCGACCAUGGUAA